GGGAAUUCAAAAUUUUACAGGAGGUAGUCCCAGUGUCUCCAUCGGUUUUGUACGUAUACUAUCUCCGUAUAUCAAGUAAAAAGUAAUGCAGACUAGUAUGCAGGAGCUCUCAGAGUCUCUUCCUUCCUCCUCUCUUUCCUCUCAGAUUGAUACAGUCCAUGUUGAGGUCUGUCAGAAUAUUGAAAGUACACUGCCUUAUUCAUUGGUGAGGGAGCAAGUGAGGGACCUCCUCCUUUUAAAAGGUGUCGUUUUUGGAGAAUUUGUAGCGACAGAGUUUUCUAAUCCGUUACUCCAAGAGCACAUACUCUCUGUCACCGUGACUGACAUAUCUCAUGAAAUACAAAUAAUAAAUUUCUCAUUAGUUAAUUUAUUGAUUCAUGUAUUCAAACUAAGUGAGGAGGGGCCAUCUGAAGAUCAAGUUGAAGAAGAAACCAGCAUUACUGCUGCUACACAUUGGCUACUGCCUAAUGUUGAGUAUCACAAUUUAUGGGAUAGUCUAAUUUACGAACCUGGCAUUAAACAAAAAUUGUUAAACUAUGCUGAAACUACUCUACUCUUUUCUGACAAAGGUGUUGACUCUACAAUCAUAUCAUGGAACAGAGUGGUCCUCCUUCAUGGACCUCCUGGGACUGGGAAGACUUCACUCUGCAAGGCAUUGGCUCAGAAACUCUGCAUUAGAUUAUCAGACAGGUAUUCUUAUGGACAGUUAGUUGAGAUCAACAGUCACAGUCUCUUCUCUAAAUGGUUCUCUGAGAGUGGUAAGUUGGUGCAGAAGAUGUUCUCUAAGAUACAUACACUAGUUGAGGAUGAUAAUGCUUUGAUAUGCAUACUAAUUGAUGAGGUAGAGAGUCUCACUGUAGCUCGUAAUGCUGCUAUGUCAGGGAGUGAACCAUCUGAUGCAAUAAGAGUUGUCAAUGCACUCCUGACACAGAUCGAUCAAAUUAAGCGUUAUCCUAAUGUCUUGAUACUGACCACAUCAAAUAUCACUGAAGCCAUUGAUCUGGCUUUUGUAGAUAGAGCUGAUAUAAAGCAGUAUAUUGGACUACCCUCACUUGAUGCAGUCUUUUCAAUAUUCAUGUCCUGCAUUAAGGAAUUAAUGAGAGUUGGCAUUAUUGCACCUGUACAACAAGUACUGGGAUUAAGAUCCCUUGAGGUAAUGGGUUUUAUUGAGAAUGAUGCUACUAGAUCAAGUCUUCAAUUAAGAGAACUUGCUAUGAAGAGUGAGGGCCUAUCUGGGAGAAGUCUUAGAAAAGUUCCAUUUUUAGCACAUGCACUAUACAGCAAGAAAGAUACAGUUAAUCUUGAGGAGUAUCUCAUUGCAUUGGAUAGUGCAAUAAAAGAGCAAUUCAAAGACACUGAUAAACUUUAAUUGCAUGCCACACACACAUUAUGAUUUUAGCACAAUGUAUUAUUAUGCAUAACAAUUGUAAUGAUACUUAGUCUUGUUGUUUAUGAUUCUUAAUCAUUCCCCACUAA